AAGUUAAAUCUUAAGUGUACUGUUGCCCUCUGACCCACUCAGCUGCAGUUUUAGGAUGUGUAGUUUUCCAUACCAAUUUGGUGAAAGGGGGCGGCAGUGGGUGGGGACUGGUUGCUAUGAGUUUCCUCCUUUUAGCUUCCUUUAUAGUACCCACCCUUCCCCUCCUUUUGUCUUUCUGCUUCUUCCAAGUACCUCCUCUUGAGUAGAAAGAGAAACUGAGGUACUCAGGACAUGAAAACAGAUAUUAAGAAAAGACUCAGGAUCUCAGAUCCUUGAUAACCAGGUUUCAGAUUAGAAGAUGCAGACUCCAGUUUUCUCCUAUUCCAGCACAGUUAUUACCCUGGUCUUCACCAUCUCACAUCUCUGGUGCCAAGCCCAGUGUGGGGUUGUUUGUUUCAUCACAUACUUCUCGUUCCAAAGCCUACACCAGCCCAGGGCAGGGACUAAAAGGGAAGGUACAGGGAGGAGAGAAAGGGGGUUGGAACAGAUACCUUGUGAUGAUGAAUGGGAAGUACAAGGUGGGGUGGAACAGACCCCUAAGGUUUUAACUAAUUCCUGCUUAGUCUAAUAGCAUGUGAUCUUGUCAAAGGAUCUUUGGGGGAUCUCCAGACCAGGACCUAGCAUGUGGGGGAACAGAACAUUACCUGCUUUCCUUAACAGAGGGUAGAGAGUAAGAAUGUUGUCCUCUCAGCUCUCCCUGCCUAGGGCUGUCUGCUAUGUGUUAGGAAACUGGUCCUUGAUCCUAAAAAUCUGAAUCCUUAGGCAGUAAGGGAGGAGGCAGGUGCUGAGAAGCAGGAUUCCCCCCUAUCAUUAGGAUAGAGUAGUAGCUUUUAGUUUCCAGUUCAUCUUCAUUAUUACAACUGUAGACAAAUCCUAAGAACUCUGGGCUCAUUAAAGGAGAUUAACCAUCAGGAUCACAUUUUGGUCCUUUGACCUAUCCCCCUCCCUCCUUAAGUGCCCCUUGUUUCAGGAUCAAGUUUCACCAAAAGUCAAAGGUCAAUCAGCAUUCCAAAAAAAGUUGAGCUUUCUAGAGGGAGCAGGGAGAGGGAAGUCGUGGAUUUCAAGUUUGGGUUUCAAGUACAGUAGCAACAUGUUUCCAGUCUCUAAUACCAUUCCUUCAGUGAGCACCCAAAGAACUUACCUUCUAAGCUCUGGAAUGGCUUGGAUUGUGCUUCUUGUCACCUAGAGGCAACAAGAGAGUCUUAAGACCCUUCACUGUGACUGUGCCAGGAUAGGCCUUCUCUAUACCUUCCUUAGCACUUCCCUGCUCUUUUCAUUGUCCCUGACUUAAAGAGUCUUAGGAAGGGAAAGACAAGAAUAGGGGAACAGGAGUGGGUGGAAGAAAAGAAAGUUUGGGCUAAAGUUUAAAUCUGCCUCUCCCCUUUCUCUAAGUCUCCCUAUUCCCCCCUCCUCCCAACAUGAAAGUUGAGUCUAUUCAGACACACACCUCCCUCUACCUCCCCCACACUGGCCCCUCCCCUCCCAUGGGGCAUCUUCCUGGGCAUUUCCGUUAACUGGUCGAUUCCUCCUCCUGAGAAUAGGAGGGGGUGGGGAUCUCUAGGCGGACCUGGGGUGGAGUGGGGUGGGGGAGGAGAAGAGAGGGUGGACUUUUGGCCUGUUCAUUCCAUCUCAUCUCUGUUGUCAGCAGCUAUAGAGCUCUCUAUGCUCCGUCCUGGAACUAACUGGAGAGCAAAGAGUCAGAGACAGAUCUAAAGAGAGAGACAGAAACUUGGCAAGGAGAAGAGCCCCCAAAAGAGAACAGAGGAGACACUGAAAAACCUGGCGUGAAGAGAGAGAGAACCCUAGUCAGAUUAAAAGAGAGCUCCUCCCUCCUGCCCCUUCCUCAUCCCCCCACCUAGGUUCCUGGUUUGCAGUUUCUACUUGCUCUCUUGGGGUUCUACCCUUUGGGGCAUGCAGAGGUUUGACAUUAGUCUCUCUGCCUUUUAGGUCCCCCUAGACUUCCAUCUUCCCAUCAUGUCAGUUGCUGUAGAGACAUUUGGAUUCUUCCUGGGUGUGCUGGGGCUGCUGAUGCUCGGAGUGACGCUUCCCAACAGCUAUUGGCGUGUGUCUUCUGUCCAUGGCAAUGUCAUUACAACAUCGACCAUCUUUGAGAACCUCUGGUACAGCUGCGCCACAGAUUCCACUGGUGUCUACAACUGCUGGGAGUUUCCCUCCAUGCUUGCCCUUUCUGGAACCAUCCAGGCUUGCCGGGCACUUAUGAUCACGGCCAUCCUUUUGGGCUUCCUGGGCCUCUUUCUAGGCAUUGUUGGCCUGCGCUGUACACAGGUUGGGUCUCUGACACCUGGGGGCAAAGCCAAGCUAGCUGCUACUGCAGGAGCCCUGGACAUACUGGCUGGUAUUUGUGGGAUGGUGACCAUCUCCUGGUAUGCCUCUAACAUCACCCGAGAAUUCUUUGACCCCUUGUAUUCUGGAGCCAAGUAUGAGCUGGGUCCUGCCCUGUAUCUAGGCUGGAGUGCUUCCCUACUCUGCAUCCUUGGGGGUAUCUGCCUCUGUAGCCACUGCUGCUGCUCAUCAGAGAGCCCUUCGAACAGUGACCAACUACACUACAAGGCUCCCCUGUCUGUACUGCCUUCCCUGGGCCCUGCUUCUCUCUUGGCCCCAAGGGCUUCAGGUAACAGUGAAGCAAGCUUCAGCAAAUACGGAAAAAACGCCUACGUGUAGAGAGACUUAGGUGGUAGCUUUGGCUCUCUUCUGUUGAACCAUCGUGGAGGGAACAAGAAAAGGGGUGUGAGCACCAGCCCUGAAGUCAGGAGGACCUGAGUUCAAAUCUAACCUCAGACACUUAACACUUCCUCCCCCAACGGCCUCAGGAAAAAAAAGAAAGAAAGAAAAGGGAUAUGAGUUCCCCAAGUCAGACCUCAUCCCAUCGCUUCUGCUCCACCUCAAUUCUGAGCAAACUCCAAGCAUUCCAUCAUAUAUCUAAACCCUACCCUUACUUUGCUGCCAGGCUUCACCUCAAAUGUCAUGUUCCGUCCCCUACAGAGAUGUAUGGUUGGACAGUUUUCUCAAUAUUGCCUCCUUCCUUGACUAGACUUUUGGAGAUACAGGGUGGGGGGGACCACUGAGUAUGUGAAUUUUGUAUAAAUAAAAGUUCAUAUUGCAACCAUAGUGGUGAAACAAAGGGAUUCAUGAUGCUGGGAAGUGGUUGUGGUGGGUGGAGAACAGGGCAGCAUAUGAAGAUGGGAGGCGAGAGGAUGAGUGGGGAGGCAAAUAUAUACAGAUCUAUAUGGUGGAUAUGCAUAUAGUUGUGCAUAUCUAUAGGUAAAUUGUGUAAGCUCAAGUGUAUGUGUGUGUGUAACGGGGAGAAUGUGAGAGAAAGGAGAGAGAUGAUGGAUGUGUAAUCAGAAAAUGAGUUCAUAUUCCUCCUUUGGCAAGUAACUACUCCAACGCUCAGUUCUUUUGUCUUUAAAAUGAGAAUGCUUGAAUUACCUACUUUAUGUUGUAAAGAUUAAAUGAAACAUGGAUAUAAAAAUCUUUAAAGUGCUAAAUGUCAGAUAUUAUUGCUGGCUAGAGGAUAUUAAAGAUAUUUCUCAAAAGAAGAAAUGCUGCUUCCCCCCAAAUUAAUACUGAACUAAAUUAACUGGUUUAGGAAAUUAGUAGAUUUCUUUUUGUUGGUUUUUGUUUUUGUUUUGGAGGAAUUACACAUGCAAUUUUGAAAUACCUACUCUCUUUGGGAAUUUAACAAAUUGUCAUUAGCUUGUAGUAGCUGAAGUGCUGGUCUUGUACUCAGGUUCAGAUCCUAUCUUUGACAUUUAAAUUAUCAUGUGACAAGGCAUAUAUGAAUCUUUUAGUAACUUCAGUUUCCUUAUCUGUAAAAUGGGGAUAAUUAUUAAAGUAACAUACACACAGGAUCAUUGUGAUUAAGAGAAUGAGGCUGGUGACAGGAAUAAAGAAAGGUUUUUAAUGACUGGGCAAACCAGCUAAAGACAAGCAUCAUCCCAAUGAACAGAUAAUGACUUAGAAUCUUCAUGUCAUCCGUACAUGCCACACUGGAGUAUUGGAUACUAGAUUUUAAGUUUCUCUGACUUAUCUAAAUUUUAUG